AUGACAGAAAAAUUGGUUUUCUCUUUUCCUCCAAAUGGAUUUUACUUUACCGGGUUACUUCUUGGACCCGUUUUCAAGUUGAUUCGAUUCACUUUAAUGAAAGUACCCGAAUUAGUGACCAUAAAUAGAAGUGGACUGGCCCUUUUACAAAGCGAAUAUGAGUUGAUACUUAGUUGGCUCUUAGAUAAUCCAAAACCAUCGAUUCCUUUUCCAAUUAAUCCUCGGGCAUCUUUGGGAUUUAGUUUAGAAAGAUUCAAAUCUUCUAAAAUGAUUAUGGUUACUUCAUGUCCACAAGAAAUUCAUCAAAUUGAUCUGAUUGUCGAUACAAAGGUUAGACUAAUUGGUGUUGGUAUUUUCACUCCAAAUUUUCAACAUUUAUCUAUUGGAAAGACAAUAAUUAACCUUCAACUUUGGCAUGUCGCUGGUGGAGAAAGGAUCUUCUCAAUAACUCGUCGUCUUAUCCAUGGUUCACUUUGUGAUCAAUCAAUUUAUCAAAUUAUUCUCUCAUCAUGUAUCCAUUUAUUACCUCGUAUUCGUUAUUCCUUGAUCAUGAUCUUAAGACACAACAAUUGGCGAACUCAUGCUAAAGAGCUAACUGUAAUCUCAGGAAUCAAUGGUUGUGGCUCAAUUAAUGUUCCUAUUGGAGAUACAAGACAAUCAGUUAAUUGGAAGAUAAAAAAUCCAAGAGCAAGAAUUGAACCUUAUGCUAAUUUCAAGAAUGGAUCUUCAGUCAAAAAAGGACAAUUUCAAAGUUUCAUCUUCGAUUGUAAUUAAUUCAUAUCAUUAAUUGGACAAAAGCCAAUCGAUUCUUUUUGCUGAUGAUAAUCUUAACAUUUAAAUUGACAUGAAUUCAUCUUUUUAAAGUGAACAAAUUUCAAGAUUCACUUUACUUUUAAAAUAGUCAGUUACUUUUGUAAUGCUAAGAAAAUGUCAAUCAGAAUCCAAAUCAAAUGAUCCAAUUCACUACACUAUCGAUUCCAGUUGAUUGAAGUUGAAGAUUCAAACGAAAUCAAUCGAAAUUCAUAUUAUGAAUACACACAAAUGUUAACGAUGCUCGAUUUUGGUAAAUUGUUAUUGGAACCACAAUUAUGUCUCCAAGUUGAACAAUCGGAUCCAAUUCAAACACUUUCUUCUUAAUUAUAAUCCUUGUCUUAAACCGAAAUGUUUAUUAUUUCAGUUUCUAUUUCAAGAUUUAAGAUUUUUUACUCACCAACAAAUAUUUUAAUUCUGUUAAAUUAAAUUAUUGCGAUCCAAAUCAACUAAUUGUUCCCUUAACCAAAUCCGAUCUGAUUGAUUUCAUCCUAAUCACACAGAUAAAACAAUUAGAUCACCAUAUUAACAGUUUAAUCAUCACCUGAUAUUAAAAGUUA